CAUGUACUGGCUCAAGCGGCCCCACCAGUGCGACGCGGGCGCGGGCGGGCGGCGCGGGGGCGCCGGGGCCCCCCGCGAGUGGAACGUCGCCUACGCGCUGGGCGGCGCGGCCGGCGACGACGACGACGACGAGGACGCCGGCGGCGGCCCCGGGUCCCGCGCGGCCGCCGAGGACACGCGGGACUCGGAGCUGUCGGAGCUGUCGGACACCGAUCCCCUCUCGGAGCCCGACCCGGCCGCGCGUGACGCCGCCAGCCCCCUCCGGGACGGGGCGCCGGCGGCGCGGGCCACCCCGGGGCCAGGGGCUCGCGGGGGCCGCUGCCAGGAGUGGAGGCCGGUACCCGGCCCUCCUCUGGGACAGGGCGCGGACGCCCCCGCGCAGCGGGAAGUGGAGGAGGAGAGGGUCCCCUCCAAGCUCCGCGUGGACGGGGAGCCCAAGACCGGCGUUAGGCGCAGGCGGAAGGGCGCCGGAAGGCACUGGGUUCCCGAGGCCCGGGCCAGCGUCCUGAGAGGCAUUCAGGACCCUUGGCCAGUCCCUCCAGUCCGAGUGGCCCCUGCAGAUGGAGUGAGAGGAGCCCCUUCCGGCCGGGCCGCCAAGACCCCCGAGAGCAGACCGCUGGGGGAGACUCGCGCGGGCUACUGUCCGUCUGAGGACAGUGACAUCAACAUUACCAGCGAGGAAGAGGACCGCAAGGAGCAGCCUCUCCCCGGCCCCAGAGAGAAGGAAAACGGUAGCCGUGCCCCCUGGGCUCCCCUGGAGAGCCGGACUGCGCCACCAGGGGGCCUUUGCUGCUACAUCUGCGGGGCAGCCCUGUCCCCAGCCUCGCAACACCAGAUCCACGUGCAGAAGCAGGAGAAGCUGGCGCAGGCCCCCUUCUUCCCGUUCCUGUGGCUGCACAGCCCGCCCCCCGGGGCGCAGCCCGUCAGCGAGGGCGGCAGCACCCUGGUGUGCCCAUGCUGCUUCUCCUCCCUCAUGCAGCAGUGGCAGAGCUUCGAGCUGGCCAGCGUGCCCGUCCUGCAGCGGCUGUACGUGGUGCCCCUGAACAGCCACGCCCCCGGCAUGGCCUCCAAGGGCCGGCGCCUGCCCCGGGAAGAGGGCCUGCCCGCUGGGGCCCUGCCAGAGGCCUGCUACCUCUGUGGGGAGGACUGUACCCAGGACUCCCGGACCGUGGUCUCCAGGAUCCUCAAUGGCAAUGCCCGGGGCUCCAUGCACUUCCCCUUUCUCAGCCUCCUGCCCUGCCCCCCCAAUGCCCGGGGCCCCAACAAGCGCUGUGAGGUUCGCAGCUGCCCCAAGUGCUUCAGCGUCCUGGAGGACGUCUGGGCCCUGUACCGGGCCUGCCAGAACGAGGAGCUCAUCACCUCUGUGCAGGGCUUCCUGGGCAGGUACCACCAGGCCUUCUCUGCCUCUGACCACGCCCUCACCGAGCCGCCCGCGUCCGCCCAGGGCAGCCCGGCAUCCGUCUGCUAUACCUGCGGGGCUGAGCUGGGCCCCGGGAAGGAGUUCCAGCUCAAUGUGAACCCCUCCGGCCGCUCUGGCGAGAAGGAGCCCUUCUUUCCCUUCCUCACAGUCUACCCGCCUGCCCCGCGUGCCAGGCCUGCCGAUGCCACCGGCCUGGUGGCCACCUGCGUGCUCUGCUACCACGACCUGCUGGGCCAGUGGCUGCAGCACGAGGCCCGCAGCGUGCACCACGCCGUCAGCGCCUGGUCCCGGCAAUACCAAGUGGAGACGUUCGUGUGCUUCUUCUGCCAGCAGGAGAAGAAACGCUGUCUUGGGCUGAAGGCCGUGCGGGUGGCCCGGCUGCCCUUGUUUCUCUACACCUUGCGAGCGAGCCACAGCCUGCUAGUGGACGACGGGCGGCAGCUGAUCAUUGGUGCCUGCCUCGAGUGCGGGACCCUGGUGUGUGCUGGCCAUGGGCUCGCCCGCCAGGGACCCACGGGCUGGAGCUCCCCGGUGGCAGCUGUGAUGCAGGUCACCUCGUCAUCUCUUGAGGCAUCAACAGCCAUCCACCCUCCUGCCCGAGAGUCAGAGCCCCGGCUGGGCACCCCCGCAGGGAGCCUGUCCGGAGGCCCCAGGACAGCCCAGGAGCUGGGCCCAGCCCGGUGUCGGCAGAGCAGCCUGGACGGGGCCGGACCGGACCUCACGGGCACAGGUGUCCUUGUAAGACUCAGAGGGAGCUCCAGGACACAGGCACGGAGGAGGCCGCGGGACCACCGAGGCAGAGGUGAGAGUGACAGGCAAGGGGCACCAGUGGCCUUGACCUAAAGCUGGAAGAAGCAAGAAGGAGCCCCACCCCCACCCCCGAGCCUCCGUGGGGAGCGUGGCCCUGCACGCACGUGGAUUCCAGCUCCAGUGAUGCUGGUUUCCAGCCUCUGGUCUCCAGACUGUGGGAGAACGAACUUGUGUUGUUUGAGUCUGGGGUGGUUUCCUGUGGCAGCCACAGGGAAGCAGGGGGUGUCCAGCGCUCCUUAGCAUAACGCAUAGAUAAGGCCAACAGCAGGAAGGGCUGGGCAGGCCACCCUCUUCCCAAAAGGCCAGCCUCCCCCGACUGCUCCAAGUCUGGUCUCUGUGGUGCUGGAAGCUGCCGGAUUGAGAGGGUUUCGGGGGUGCAUGGGACGUGCGGGCAGGCGAGGAAGGGGAGACGCUGCAGAAGAGCGGAGUCCACAGUCUGGCGCUCACCUCCUGCCAUGGGGAUCAUUGAACCUUAGCCAGGAGGCAGGGGUACAGGGGUGUCUCACUCAGCCCUGGGGUCACCCUGGGGCUCAGCAGGGCCCCCUCAAAACCCAGCCUAGGCCCCCAACCACAUUCCUUGGAGUUGUGGCCCAGAGGGAACAGAGCGGGUGCCAGGUCCGGGCUGCCGGGGGAAGGCUGCAGGCCCCAGGGCGGCGGCCAGCACUGUGUCCCCCAGGAGUGACCCAGAGCCGCAGGCAGCCUGGUGGUGGUUUCCCCCGUGUUCUGGCUGUUGCCGCCUGUCUGUGUAGUUGUGAACCCCAAGCUUCAAAGUGCAGACGUGCUAAUGUAGCCCCCUUCUCAGUGUUUUUUUUUCGGGAGGUUGCUUUUGAUAUGUGUGC